AUGUUUCUGGCGGAAGUGAGAGGAUUUGAACCUCCGCGGAUGCUACUAACAUCCCUACCAGCUCUCCAAGCCGGCCCCUUCAACCACUUGGUUCCAAAAGAUAAUUCGAAUUUUAGUAAGCAAAUUAAGGAGGUAAUUGAUAAAAAGGAAGUAGAAGGAGACUUUUUCGCCACUCCUUUUACUAACCUCGAAUUUAAACCUCAUUUUAGCCAAAAAGUAGAUAAGGAAUAUAAAGGAGAUGCCUUAUUAAUCAAGGACCCUAGUCAAGUGGAAAAAUUAACUGAAACUAGGAACAUCAAAUCGUCCUCGCCUUAUCAAAUUACUUUUAAGGUAGUAAAACAGCAAAAAGAGGGUUAUGGAGAGGAAAAAGGAAGACCAUUAACUUAUGAAGAAAGUUUUUCGAGGCAUGGUGAUUAUAGACAUAUUCUAGAAAUUGAACCAUUAGACCUGGGGAUAGAAGGAUUACCACCGAUUAUUCGGUUGGUUUUUUAUUUUGCUGACGAAAUUAACCCGUUGGCCGCUGGCAACUAUGAAUUAACUAAAUGCGAAUUAUACAAAAGUCCAGCAUUAGAAAAUUCAGUCGGAAAGACUUUCACCAUGGGAGUAAAAGAGUUUAGAGUUAGCAGCAAAAAUAACACCUUGUCUUUUUCGACCAAUUUUGAAUAUGAAUUUGGCUCCUUGACAGAAAAGAAAAGUCAAGAUAGCCCAGAAAAUCCUACUAAAACCCCGCCAAAAAAUGAUAAUUCUGGCAAUCCUCCACCCAAGCCCAACCCAACCAGUCCAGAGACACUAAAAAACUCUGGAAUCUUUAAAGUAGUUUUAAUAGUCAGCAUUAUUAUGGUUGGAUUAAUUUUUCUCGUCCUCGUUUUUUCUCAUUAUAAAAAAAGGAGAGGUUAA